AUGGAGGGCGGUUCUCAUAAGGCAAAUCAAACAGAAUUCACAGAAUGUUGGAACAGAGUUUGGAAAACGCCUUACAUUAUGAGACUAGCCUUAUCGGCAGGCAUCGGAGGGCUAUUAUUUGGGUAUGAUACGGGAGUUAUUUCUGGUGCUUUAUUGUAUAUUAAAGAAGAUUUUGAAUCGGUUCAGAAGAACACAUGGUUACAGGAAACUAUUGUGAGUAUGGCGGUGGCUGGAGCUAUAGUUGGAGCUGCUUUAGGUGGUUGGAUGAAUGAUAAAGUUGGGAGGAAAAUGACUAUUCUUAUUGCAGAUGUGUUGUUCUUUUUGGGGGCUUUAAUUAUGGCAGCUGCACCUAGUCCUUGGGUAAUAAUUCUUGGAAGGAUUUUUGUUGGAUUAGGUGUUGGAAUGGCAUCUUUGACAUCACCUUUAUAUAUAUCUGAAGCUUCUCCGGCUAGAAUAAGAGGUGCACUUGUUAGUACAAAUGGUUUGCUUAUCACUGCUGGACAAUUUCUCUCUUACCUCAUUAAUCUUUCUUUUACUAAGACACGUGGAACCUGGCGAUGGAUGCUGGGCGUAGCUGGGAUCCCAGCUGUUAUUCAAUUCAUUUUAAUGUUAUCCCUUCCAGAGUCUCCAAGAUGGUUAUAUAGAAAGCAUAUGGUACACGACGCAAGAGCAAUAUUAGAUAAAAUAUAUCUAGAACAAGAAGCGGAUGAAGAAAUGAGAGCUAUGCAAUUAUCUAUAGAAGCUGAGGAGGAAGAUGAGAAAUGUAUUGGCGACAGUUUGAUUGCGAGAGUGCGAAGUGCAUGGGGCAACAAAGUGGUUAGAAGGGGACUUUAUGCGGGCAUCACAGUUCAAGUAGCUCAGCAAUUCGUGGGAAUAAACACGGUCAUGUACUAUAGCCCCACGAUAGUUCAGUUUGCGGGCUUCGCAUCAAAUCAAACCGCGCUUGCCCUUUCACUUGUUACAUCGGGGCUGAAUGCAAUUGGAUCUGUUGUUAGUAUGGCGUUUGUGGACAGGUAUGGUAGGAGGAGGCUGAUGAUUAUUUCCAUGUUUGGGAUCAUCAUUUGCCUGGUGGCUUUGUCGGUUGUGUUCUAUCAGGUCGCAGACCAUUCUCCUUCUGUUAGUAUGAUAGAAUCAACUAACUUUGGAGUCAAUUCUACCUGCUAUGAUUAUUUGAAAGCAUCUAAUCCGGCCGAUUGGAAUUGUAUGAAAUGCUUGAGAGCUUCUUCCGAUUGUGCUUUCUGUUCAAAUGGACAAAGCAAAUACCAUCCGGGAGCAUGUCUGAUUUUGAAUGAUCCAAUCAAAGAAAUGUGUGAAGAAAAACAUGAAAGAACAUGGUACAUAAGUGGUUGUCCCACAAAAUUGGGAGUAUUGGCGGUUAUCCUGCUAGGAGCAUACAUCAUAUCAUACUCCCCUGGCAUGGGAACAGUUCCAUGGAUUGUAAACUCUGAGAUAUACCCGUUGAGAUACAGAGGUAUUGGAGGUGGGAUUGCAGCAGUCUCCAAUUGGUGCUCCAAUUUGAUAGUGAGUUUGACAUUCUUGACGCUAAUUGAAUUAUUGGGUUCGUCUGGGACUUUCUUACUUUUCGCUGGCUUUUCAACAAUCGGUCUUUUGGCUAUAUACUUGCUCGUGCCUGAGACCAAAGGCUUGCCGUUCGAGGAGGUGGAAAAGAUGUUGAACAAGUAG